UAUUACAGAAUCAUGCCUGAAGUAGACACAAGCAGGGAGCUGGAGGUGUUCAAAGAUUGGCUUCAUAAGCAACCUCAUUUACCUCAUGUAGUCGACGACAUCCUCCUGCUCCGUUUCCUGACCUGCUGCCGGUUCAGUCUGGACCGAGCCAAGCGUACCAUUGACCUGUUCUUCACAAUCCGUGCUAAUGCUCCAGACCUGUUUUGCAAACGUGAUCCUUGGUCAUCGGAGAUACAGCGCGUUUUUGAAAUCACGGACAUGCUGCCCCUUCCGCAGAGGACAAAAGAGAACUACCAAGUGUUUAUCUACCGCCUCAACAAUCCUAACUUAGAUCUUUUCAACUUCGUCGAUGCUGUGAAAACCUUCUUCAUGUUAGCAGAUACAAGGAUCACUGAGAACCAUGACAUACCGAAAGGAGAGAUACCAAUUUUUGAUGCGGCAAAUGUCUCACUCAGAUUCAUUGGGAAAGUCAAUCUGUCAGCGCUUAGGAAAUAUAUGAUGUACACACAGGAGGCGAUGCCAAUUCGACUAAAGCAGGUGCAUGUAAUUAACGCUCCCUCCUACAUCAAUAAGAUCUACGGACUCUGCAAGCCGUUCUUGAAGACUGAAGUCGCCAAACUGAUUCAGUUCCACGAGCCAAACGCUGAUACUCUAUACAAAGAUGUCCCACAAGAGCUCCUACCAACCGAGUUUGGUGGCAAAGCUGGUUCUAUUGAAUCUAUUAAGAGAGUGUGGAUCAAAAAAAUUGAAGCCAAGAGAGAUUGGUUCCUAGCCAAUGACAAACUAUGGGCUAUCGACGAGUCACGAAGACCCAGUGGUAACCAUGACGACAGAGCUGAUAAAGUCAAAGAGCUGCCUGGUUCCUUCCGUUCCUUAGCUUUAGAUUGA